GUGGUUCACAAGUGAAAAGUAGGCAGUUGGACGACAUAUCCAGCAGCAUGAUCAAGUUUGGCACGGUCUGCGCUCUUAUUGUGGCCUUUUAUGGCUUGGCCAAUGUAGCUCAAAGCCAAAACAUCAGCUUUGUUGUGGACAGGGCCAUAGCACAAUUGGCGAAGGAACUUGAAUCCAGGUUCAUCGAUGGCAGCGCCCACUCGGCGGCAAAGUCUCGAAGCCACAAAAAGACGACCCCAAGGUCGCGGUCCAUGGAUAAAUUCAAUAGUCUGGUUGAGCGGUCCAUAUCCCUGCUCACGGCCGAGUCCAAUUUGGAUACGGAAACAGCUCGCCAAGCCGUUUCUGAUGAGCUCAAGAGCAGAGCCCUUCAAGGGUUGGACCGAAACGACAAUGGGCUUAAUGCAUUGAACCAGUUUAACAACUUGUGCUUCCGGGAGACCCGGGAGAGGUGCAACUCCAGACAAUGGUUCCGGAACAUAAACGGACAGUGUAACAAUUUGAACAACCCACUAUGGGGCGCUGCCGGUUCCGCUUUUAAGCGUCUAGUGCCAUCCAGGUAUCAAGAUGGACGAGGCGUGCCUGUGGGUGGAACCCUUGGGGGACAAAAGUUCUUCAACAACGUCCCCACUUUCCCCCAAUGCCUGAGCAAUCAGCCCCAGAAUCUACCCAAUCCUCGUUUGGUGAGCACUGUAUUCCACCCCGACGUGAACGCCCCCAGCAACCAAGUCACACACAUGGUCACCCAGUUCGGCCAAUUCCUGGAUCACGAUCUCACCCUGACCCCUGAGGCGGAUAUUGAGCAUUGUUGCGACACUCCGUCCAACCCUGAAUGUUUCUCCAUUGCUGUCCCAAGGAACGAUUUCUUCUACUCCAGAGUGUCUCGAACCUGUUUGGACCUGAGCCGGUCCACGGCGUUCUGCACCAACCGGAACACCCAAAGACAACAAUUCAAUGAGAUCACCGCUUUUUUGGAUGGGAGCAACGUAUAUGGGUCAGAUGACGCCACUGCUCGUCAGCUCCGCUUUGGUAACUUCAAUGGCCAGUUGUUUCACUCAACCACCAACAACCACGUCAUGUUGCCGCAAAUCAACGGCGAAUUCACGGCGGGAGACACGAGGGCCACCGAGAUGCCCGGCCUAGCCACAAUGCAUACACUGUUCCUCCGGGAGCACAACCGAAUCACCAUCCAGCUGAAGAGAAUCAACCCCCGAUUGGACGACGAGAACCUUUACCAGCGGGCAAGGGCCAUGGUGAUUGCCCAGAUGCAACACAUCACCUACAACGAGUAUCUGCCAGUGAUCUUGGGCCCCACCAUCGUUUCCAACUAUGGAAUUUUGUCCAACAAUGGCUUCACCAAUUACAACCCCUCUGUGAACCCUUCCAUUUCCAACUCGUUUGCCACAGCCGCGUACCGGUUCGGCCAUUCUAUGAUUCAAGGCCUGAUUCAAUUAGUCCAUGAGACAACCCGCAACGUCCAAGAGAGCUUCCAGCUCAAGGACGAGUUUUUCAAGCUCGAUAAGUACUUUGGCAAUAAUGGUGCGGGUAUGCAGCGUCUCUUGAACGGUCUGAUCACCCAGCCAGCUCAAAGCAUGGAUCGUUUUGUUGUGGAUGACGUGACCAACUUCCUGUUCCCAGAAGAUGGAGAGAACUUCGGCUCGGAUCUAGUGGCCCGCAACAUUCAAAGAGGUCGCGACCAUGGUCUGCCUGGAUACAAUGAUUACCGUCAAUGGUGCGGAAUGCCCAUUAGUUGCAACUGGAACCAACGUCCUGCUGAGAUCUCACAAGGCAACUGGAACCAACUCCGUGCCCUGUAUCAGAACCCUUGGGAUAUCGACCUCUUUGUGGCUGGUUUGGCUGAGCAGCCCUUCAGUGGUGGCAUCACCGGACGUACUUUCCAAUGCAUCAAGACCAAACAGUUCUUUGAUUUAAAAUUCGGCGACCGGUUUUUUUUCACCCAUUCCAACCAAGCAGGUUCGUUCAACUUUAACCAGUUGCGCAACAUCCAGUCCCGCUCUUUGGCCGACAUCAUUUGCGACAACACGCAAAUUUCCGUCACCAAACGCAACGUAUUCCUUUUGAACUCUCCAGACAGGCCUUGCUUUGCCUCCAACAGUCUCCAAAUGAAUUUAUUUGCUUUCUAAAUCCAUGAAUCCAAAAUCCAAAGCUCAGGACUGCUUGUCUGACAAGUCAGCGUUGAAAAUCAAAUGAAACUGGUGAUGGUAGGUAAAUUAUCGACAAACAUUGAGAUGACACGAACAUGACUAAAGUGAAUGACAUUACAAAAGCAAUCAACGAGGGCAAGCCCUUAUUCUGAAAA